GAAAAUACUUUACUACGAAUAGACAAACGUUGUUUUACGUGGAAGUCUUCUUUAACACGAAGAGGCGCUUGUGAUACGUAAACAAGAGAUGUUACUGCUAACAAUCAUCGUGGUAAUAGCUUCCGCAAAUGCUGAUAUAUGUCUUACAGAGUCGAAACAUGCACAGUGGAGAACUAAUUUAGAAUACAUUGAACAAAAAGUGAAAGAUUUAGAAUUGGAUCUCAAAGAUCAUGCCAGCACCUGUAAGUUAGGAUGGGAACAGUUAAACAAACACUGUUAUUAUUUCAGCAAUGAUGAAAGGACCUGGUUUGAAGCGGAGAGAUACUGCAGAGCUCAAAAUGCAUUCCUUGCAUACAUAAAAGAUGUAACUGAAAACAAUUGGAUACAUUCCAACCUGAUCAACAUGAAUGGUACUGACCUUCUAUGGAUAGGAGCAACCGACUGUGAUACAGGAAUUUGGAUCUGGUCAUAUGAUUACGUACCUUUGACCUACUCUAAUUGGAAUACCGGGGAACCGAAUAACCAUAGAGGUCAAGGCGAAAACUGUUGUCAUAUUUAUGACACUGGAAAAUGGAAUGAUAUUAUGUGCAGUCGUAAACUAAAAUUUGUCUGCAAGCGACAUGUAAAUACCCACUGUGAUCAGCAUUAAAUAGAAAGGAGAUACAUUCAGGAAAAUGAAAGUUUUUAUGGAGUUUUUAAAUAAACGUAGUGAUCAUUUACCAUAGAAAGUUUAUGAUAAAAUAGGUCUUCCGGAAUAUGUAUCUUUAAUUUAUACAUUGUUCUCGUAAAUUAAUAUAUCACGUUGAUACAAUUGCAAGUCUAUUAUUUCAUUUUAAAGUGGGCAUGCAUUAUGACAAAUCGUCUAACGCUAAGCUUGAAUCUGUUUCCAUUUCAAGUUGUCCUUUGAAUUCGAAGUUUACAUAGAAGUUAUAACAGACAAACUCGUAAAACGAUGAAAUAAAAGUGCAAUCAUUUUGAGGGGAUAAUAGACUAUCAAAGAUUAACUUAAUUUGAAUGUGUUAAAAAUGUUGUUCAUGUUUUUAAUCAUUUUAUUAAUGGUCAAAGAAAUAACAGUUUGACUAUAAAAAUACAUCACUUAAGAUUUUCUUAAAAGCAAAAGCUGCAUUACACUUCAGUCUGGUACCACAAUAAACAUUGUUUUACUCUGUUGAAGAUCAAACAAAACAACCACGAAAGAUGCAACAUUCAACUGAAGAUAAUCGUUUGGUUAAAAGUGAAAUUAUGGGUAAGGCGACGAUAAUUUUAUCGUCUACUAGUUCCUCUUUAUAUCAUUACAUUGACUGUUUGUAUAAAACAUGAUUGUUUAUGCGCCAUUCAAAGAUUGUAAUAUAUCUAUUAAAUUCUGCAAAGGCUA